GGCCGGAGAUUCCCCCCCAUGGAGAAGUUUGGGAUGAACUUUGGUGGCGGCCCCAGCAAAAAGGAGCUGCUGGAGACCAUAGAGACUCAGAAGCAGCAGCUCCUGCGCUUCCAGGUACGGCUCAAGGACGUUGUCCGUGCCUACAAGAGCCUCCUGAAGGAGAAGGAAGCGCUGGAAGCCAGCCUGAAGGUACUCUCCGUGUCCCACGAGGGAGACCUGGCAGUGCCAUCGCCCGUAGCCAGGGACUCUGGAGAUGACCAGAGCUCAGAGGACAGUGCAGGGACGGCCGCCAGCGCAGACACUGCAGCCAGCCUGACCAGUGUGACCGGCGCCAAGGGGGAUGAGGAGGACAAAGCCGCAGCUCCCACUCCCCAGAGAGCGGAGGACCCGAGCAGCUCCGAGAGCGGCGAGCUCUGCGGCGCCGGUGAGCCCGAGCGGCGCCUGCUGCAGCUGAAAGCCCAGCUGGCCACGCUGACAGGCGCGCUGGCCACGGUGACGCAGGAGAAGUCGCGCAUGGAAGCCUCGUACCAGGCGGAGCGGCGGCAGAUGAAGCAGGAGCUGGAGGAGGUGGCGGGGCGGGCGCAGGAGGACGCGGAGCGGCAGGAGGCCGAGCUGCGGCGGCUGCAGGAGCUGCUGGCCGAGACCCGCGCCCGCCUCAUCACACAGCAGCACGAGCGCGAGCGCGAGCAGGGCGACCACGGGCUGAUGCUGCGUGAGCUGCAGGAGCUACUGCGUGCCGAGCGGGAGGCACGCCGUGCCGCUGACCGCCAGCUGCAUGAGGCCGAGCGAGCCCAGGGCUACGAGCAGGAGCAGCACGUCCGGCAGCUAAGCCAGGAGCUGGAGGAGCUCCGGAGGGAGCUGCAGGGAGCGCGGGAAGAGUACGGCAAGGUGGACCCACGGAUCCAGGAGCUGCAGGAGGAGAUGGCCAGCCUCAAGAACCACUUCCAGCUGCAGCUGGUGCAGGAGAUGAAAAAGACAGCCCAGGCUGAGGAGCAGCUGCGGCAGCGCUCGCAGCAGGAGGAGCAGCGUGUGGCCGAGCUGGAGGCCCAGGUGGCCCAGGUGUCCGAGCUGCUGGGCACCUAUGAGAAGGCCAAGCAGAGGGACCAGGGCACCAUCCAGAGGCUCAAGGACCGCAUCGUGCAGCUGGACCUGGAGAACAAGACCUUGGCCAUCGCCGCCUCCAGCCACUCCCUGGGCGAGGUCCCCGUGGAAGAGACCACCCUGGAUGUGACUGUGCUCAAGGAGCAGAUGGAGAAGCUACGGAAGCUGCUGCAGGUGGCGGCUGAGAAGGGCCCAGAGGAGCCGCGGGAGCAAGAGCUGCCCCUGGGCACCGUGGACGGGAAUGGGGACAAGGCCCCAGGCAGGCACUGCCAGCAGGAGCUGAGGCAGCUCAAGGACGAGUUUGAGCGCUACAAGGUGAGGGCGCAGCAGGUGCUCAAGAGCAAGGCCACCAAGGACGUGGGCCUGGCCAGGGAGCUGGAGGAGGCGCGGGAGCAGCUGGCGGAGCUGCGGGACAAGCACGUGCUGCUCCAGCUGGCCAUGGAUGAUGCGGAGAAGCAGCAGCGGCAGGAGCUGGAGGCCAAGCAGCAGGAGCUGCAGCAGCUGCAGCAGCUGCACCGGCAGGAGCUGGAGCGCUGCCAGCUGGAGUUCCGGGAGCGGGCGCUGCGCCUGGAGGAGGAGAUGCACAAGCAGCGGGAUCGGGCGCUGGCCGUGCUGGCCGAGAAGGACCACGAACUGGAGCGACUCCGUGCCCUCACUCUGCCCCACGGCCACAAGAGCUCCUGGGACAGCGCUCCUGGGGACGCUCCCAGGCAGGAUUCCUCGGAGAUCCUCCCGCAGGAGCUGCAGCUGUGCUCCAGCUCUGAGCCCACCUUCUUCCUGUACGCGGAGCAGCUGGCGCGCAAGGAGGUGGAGAUUGCGGCGCUGCGGAAGCACAAGCACCAGCUGGAGGUGCAGCUGCACCAGCUGCAGGGCAGGGCCCUGGCCGAGGAGGACAAGCACCGCGAGGAGGUGGCGGCACUGCGGGGUGAGAUCCAGAAGAGCUGCCGGGAUAAGAGCAGGGAAGGAGCCAACCUGGAGUACCUGAAGAACGUGGUGUACCGGUUCCUCACGCUGCCAGACGCGUGGGGCCGGCAGCAGACGCUCACGGCCAUCCUGGCCAUCCUGCACUUCAGCCCCGAGGAGAAGAUGAGCAUCGCCAAGAGCUCGGCACAUGGCUCCUGGUGGCUCCACGGGAAGAGAUGAGGGGUGGGGUUUGUUCCCUUUUUCCAAAACCUAGUCCCGGCCACACCCAGAGCUCUCUAGGAUUUGGGCUCCAGUUGGUGUUUUUAGCACUAAUUUGCAGUGGGGUUGUGCCAAGUUUUCUGCCCCCAAAGCCUCUGUGGUGGGAAUUUGCUCCAAGCUGGGACUUGAUCUGAAAACCAUAGAAUUGAAGGUGCUGAGGUUUUUUUUUAAAGGUGAUUUAAAUUAAAGGUGAUUUAAAUCCCUGCCUGUUCAGGCAUGGGAUCGAGUGGAAUUCACUUGGAUCUUCAAGCUCCAGCCAGGCAGCUGACUCAAGAGAUGAAAGGGAAGAUGGGAAGCACUUUACGUGGAGCUAAAAUAACACCAGGCCCUAGAAGGCUCAGGAAGAUGGGGCUCAGUGCAGGAAAUCUUGGGCAUCUCCCCCAAAGUUUUCUUUUCCAGAGCCAAAUUUAACUAGUGGAUGCAACUGCAGGCUCAUCCAGGGACUCGGGCUCUCUUCCUUCCCUCAGGGAUCCUCUCUGAGUUAUCAGGGCUUCCAGGAAGCAGAAAGGAUCUCCCUGUGAAUGAUUCCCAUCCUGAGUGGGAAUCUGAGGUGCCUGGCCCUGGCUGGGAGCUGGAUGCAGAGGAAAGGCUGAAAUGAGUGCCCAGCUCCUGGUGUUUGAGGGUUCCAGGGAAGUUUGGCUGCUCUGUGAUGCUGACUUGGGAAGGAAGGAGCUGCUCCUGCUUUCCCAGCCCAGAGACAAGGAUAGGUCUGGAUUAACACCCCAGGGGGGCCUGGAGCUGAGUCAAAAACAGGUUUGGGAGCAGCUCCUGGUGCUGCGCUGCCCGGAGAGCCUUGGGAAGGAUCCCAGGACAGGGAUCCUGGAAUGCUGCAGCCACCCCUGGCACUGUCAGGGACAAGGACAGGGAUCCUGGAACUUCCCUCCCUUCCUCCUUGGCUGUCCUGUCCUGUCAGCAGCCAAAUUCCCUGGAUUCCACUCUGGCCAGCACAGCCCUUGGUGCCAAUUUCUCCUCCAGAAAAUCCUCAGGGAAGACGUGUCCCAGGCAGAGCCUGUUCCUGCUGGGAGGGGGACAGAGCCUGUCAUGGGGCUCCAUCUAGGGAUGUUCCCACUGGGAACAGGAUCCAGGUGCUGCCCUGAAGGGGGGAACUGGAUGGGAAUGGGAGAGUUUGUCCCAAUAAUGUUUGAAGGAACAAACAGGAAGUGCUGCCUCAGCCGGGGGAGAGCCCAGUCCCUUGCUCCUAGUUUGGAAAUGUUGAAUCAAGAGGUGCCUGUGGAAUGGCAGGGAUGGCUCCAGGUCUUUCCCUGGAGCCAUUCCCACAACUCCAGAGGGAGGUGGAGCCUCUUCCUGCUAUGGCUUCAUUUCUCAGGCUGAGGGGAUGGAUCCCUGUUCUCCCUCUGCUCCUGCAGGAUGGAGUGACCUGGAAUAAAUCCCAGGGGUGGUAGGGACCUGUGUGGGGCCAGCUGGGCAGAGGAAUGGGGUAGGACCCAGCUAGGAGCAGGGGGACAAUGUGGAGUCACAUCUUGGAGCAGGAAAUCCUGGGAUUGAGCUGGAAGAGCAGGGACCGGGCAGGAUCCAGCUGGGAGGACAGGGAUCCAUCCUAGUGCCUUCUGUCAGGAACUGACAGAGGAAGAUGAGGGAGCUGCUGCGGGCCAGCAUCUGCAAGAGUGCCCAGCUCCCUGUCACUGUCACCCUCCUGCAGCUCCCAGUGCCAUUCCUUCCUCUGCUCCCUCCUUCCC